CUUGGCCGAUACCUAUGCACAUGUACCUAGACCGCUUCCGCUUCGUGCUGCAUUUGCAGCCAAGCUGGGUGCAUUCACUUCGAACUUCUAGGUCGCUUCGGUUCAGAAAUACACAAGCAUUCGUCGCCUCAGCAGCUACUAUGAUCUAGCCACCUUCAUUGAACCUCCGUUACGACUUUCCGCAGCUGUCGUCUUACUCAUUCCUAUUGCCUCCGGAGCUAUCAACAACUCUCCUUUGUAAACAGCUGACGACGUCGCUGGCGCUAUGGCGCGGGGCGCUGCAAUCGUGCUCGCUCUGGUGAGCUGCCUCUUGGUGGCGUCUCAGCUGGCAGACGCACAGUCCACGUCAGUCACAGUCAGCACCACCAGGAAGAAGGGCCUGUUCUAUGUCUUUGCUGAUGGAGAGAUUGUGGUCGUAGACGCCAUUGCGGGUGCCAUCGUCAAGUCCAUUUCCAACCCGACAAUGCCCUUCCCCAACAACUGCACUGGCACCCCCUUCGCUGGCUCUUGGUCCGACUCCGCGUAUGCCAACGGCCAUCUUUUCGCGGGAUCCUACUACAGAAACUCGACCAUUGGACCACAGGAUGGCGUUUACGUCAUCGACACCAAGACCCAGACCCUGGUGCAGAGAAUCCCCGUCGAGACCCGGCCUGUUCACACCUACUAUGUGCCGUUCCUGGGCGAGGUGUGGAGCCACUCCGACGGCACCGGCAACUUCGACGUCAUCGACGCGCGCAACUACUCGGCAGUGCACGAGAACGUCAUUGCUCACGUCAACAUCAGCGGUCACGGGAAGCUGCUCUUUGACGAUGACCUCGACAGCAAGGGCUACUCGUCGAAUGUGAACGAGCCUGGCGCGUACAUCUUGGAUCUCGACGCUCAGGGAACCGACGGGACCCUGGCCUUCGUGAACUUCACCGGGCAGACCCUUCCCGGCGGCGUCGUCACGACAUGCCCAGGAACGCACUCCCUUACGUACUCUAAGAUCAACCGUCACGCGUAUUUCGAGUGCACGGCCGUGAAAGACCCCAAAAACGCGUCCAUCACUCUGUUCUACCCGGGAGCCAUCGAACUUGACACCGACAACGACACCGUGGUCUCACAGCUGCCGUUCCAUGGUCACUUGGCAAUUACGCCUGACGAGCAGUUUUUGACGGUCAUCGACUCUCCGGACCGGAUUGUGAACAUCGUCCAGAUUACGCCCAUCGGCCAAGAGGACCUCUACUUCUCGGUCCCCCUGAAUGACACCCCCGGCGAAGGCACCCCGGCCUUCUACCCGAAAGGCUCUUUCUUCAUCAUGGCGAUCCCCAUACUCAACUCCCCCAAGAUGGCCAUCAUCGACUUUAACCUCGUCAUUAAAUGCGGCGACAACUGCACUGACCCGGGGCAAACCAUCAAGUACGUUGACGUGGGUAACCAAAACCCGCCGGGCCAACCCAACGCGCUAACCACCUCCCGGAGCGUCGACGCCGGUUACGCUUACAUCUGCACUCCGGCGAACUAUGACCAGGGUAUUGGCUGCUAUAACCCGAUCAACGACACCACGAUUUUCAUCGGUGGUGCCCGUAACCCGAUUCGUAACCCUGCCCGGGUCUACUUCGCCCCGGGCGUGUUGGCGGGCGCCCCGGACUCGAACGUGAACGCGUACUUUAACUGCUCGAGCGCCCCGACCACGCUCGGGAACUAUCCCAAGUCGAUCGCGCCGGUGGUUAACCAGACCUUGGUCAAGAGCGCUCAGCCUUAAGCGAAGCUAAGGGACGGUUAACGAGACCUUAGUUAAGAGCGCUUAACUGUAGCAUAUGCAAAAGCCACUGAGAUUCCAUAAAGUAUCUCUUACGUCUAGAGUCGUCAACUAACUAGUGUUGAUUUACGGGAAGAGACCAGCACCAUGAUACGCGGGUUUCAAUCGCAUAGGUGCAGUCUUAAGUUUGCUGCAUCGGACUGAAGAGAAGCCAACUUAGUCGCUGGCCGGCACGCCUUCUUGGACGUUUGGAUCGUUAGAGUUGCCUCUGGCUUGAAGGCUUUGUGCAAGUUGAGCUGCUUAUUUUUCUAAUUACCGCAAAGAUUUUUGUUCGACUCGCAAGCUUGAUGAUCGACUUCCC